AUGCCCAAGAAGCAUCGGCCAGCAUAUGCACAUACAAAGCCUUCCUACGUUCACCCCUCCCUCCAGAGCACACGGUCUUCGCCCCCGUCGGGCCCCUCAGACCCGCCAUCGGUAAAUGCGCGGAUCCAGCAGCUGCGUCGCGAACAGGCGUCUCGGCCCACACCAGAGCAGAGAGAGGAACUGACAGUGGGAGUAAGCCGCACCGUCCCACCCGAGCUGCGACGCAUCCUGCACAUACCGGAAGUUAACGCUCCCAAACCAAAGGCCGGCACGCGCACACGAAGGGUGCCAGGAGGCACAGCGAGACCUCCUCCAGGCCCAGCCCCGCCUACUAGCUGGCUGCAGCAGAGUCGCCAUGCGCCCGCCCAUACGGGCAACGGCCGGCGCUCAGGAAGCACGGGAUACAAGGCGCCUCGCUUCAGCACGCUGGCGAGGGCGAUGGAUGCAGAGCUCAAGCGCCUCCCACCUCCACGAAGCCUGGUACAUCAAUGUCUCCGCAUCUUUGCCUUGCAAUGGGAAGACCUCGUCGAAUACGAACAGCACUACAUUGCAGCACUGCCCGUGGCCCUCAAAGAAGCGCUGCUGAGUUACUUGGCCAUAUAUGGAGGACACGAUUGCCUAGACUUCAGAUCACUCAAGAUCUUGUUCCAGAAUGAGGAGGGCAUGGGCACAUUGGACUGGGACGAAACCCAUUUCCUCGACCUCACCCAUCUCCUCAACGAGCAUCUCACACUCGGCGAAGUGGGCAAGUGUUUGAAACGCUCGACAACGCAGCCAAUGCCGGACAUCAGCGCCCUCUCCACAAGGGAAGAAAGUCCUGGCAAAACAAAAGAAGAAGUUGCAGACAGCUGGGAAGAGGAGAUUGAUCCUCCAAGCCCACCACCGCCCGCUCUCUCCGCCAAAUUGCUGACCCCACACUUUGCCAACCUGAGUCAUCUUUCACUGGCCCAUCCAGGUCGCGUUGCAUCUUGGCCCGACCUCUUACGAAUCUCCCCCAGCCUUAACAAGAUCACCCACCUGUCGCUUGCCCACUGGCCUCGUCCUUCUGCAACACCAAACGCAAACACGACAUCCAUGGUGUCGAACCACACAAGUGUGGCCCUCGGUGGCUCGCAUUUUUACUCGAACCUCGACGAGGACUGGCACGAAGCCGCGAACAUCCUCCGUCGACUCUCCAUCAACACGUAUUCCUUGCAAUGGCUCGAUCUCGAAGGCUGUUUCUGGUUUCCAGCUCUCACGUGGCACAUUGGCGGACAUUUGCUUGCCCCGCGCCCACAUGGCACUGGUCAUGGCAAUGAAGAAGACAGCGACAACAAGAACUGGACGCUCGGAUCGGCAUCCCCAGGCCCAGACUGGAACGACGCGUGGCGCCGCAUCACCUAUCUCAACCUCUUCCAAGGCUGGAUCCCGUGCGACAACGUCAGUCUACAGAAUAUGCCUGCGGGCAUUGUCCCUGUGCAGCUGAUGCGCUGGUUGCGCGAGAACAAGGACAAGGAGGAUGUGGCGUGGCGGCUGAAUGGUGAGGAGACAGGUUACGCGGUGCAGGAGUGGGUGGCGAGGGAGAAGAUGGCUAGGCUGGUCGGCGGCGAGAUUCAGGAUAUGAGGCGUCUUGAGAAGGGGAGUUGGUGUCGUGUGGAUCAUGGGUGGGGGGAGCCGAGGAAGUGA